AUUUAUAAUGCAAUCAUGCAUUUGCUGAGUCACAGAUACCAGCAAAAGCAGUUCUAUCUAGUGACUAGAUCUACUUUCCAGCUAGGCUUUUUAGAAGUAACUGGCUUUGACUUUUCCAAAUUCCAAUUGAUUUUCAGAAGGUACAACAACAUGUCCAAUGGCACGACCACAACAACCAGAGACUACAGUCAUGCUGAAAAUUUCUCAAGAGAUCAUUAUAGAAAUUUUUUAGUAAGUCGAGACGUUAGUGCUGAUGGUGAUUCUUUGAAAGACUCGCAACAAUUUCAAAAAGAUGGAAGGGACAGGGAGAAUAGAAAAAAAUCAAGCAGCAACUACAGUAAUCCUUCAAGAAGAGCUGAACUAGUAGGAGGAAUGCCUCUAAAUCAAUCAUUUUACCCAUCAUCAAGUCAACGAGCACUACCUAGAAGAAAAGAUGAAAUGGUAGUUGCUAGUUGUUACUAUGACCAAGUAGCUAAGCCAAGAUAUCACAAAAGCAUUAGUCAAAAUAGUGGACAAGAGAGGCUUAGUAGAUCAAAAGAAAGAGAAAGCAGAAAAGAGAGAAAAAGGUCAGUCAGCCCACAAAUAAAAUCUAGUCGCUCUGCAAUUAGCUCUAAGCUUGCUAAUGAGGUUAAAAUGCCAAUUGUUCGAGUGCAAAAAGGUGUAAAGAAACACAAAAAGGAGCGGCUUGAUUUGUCAUGCUAUGAUAUGAGAGUGAAAACGUUCAAUAUGGAGCCUUCCUGGACCAAUGACCCAGCAUUAAUCACAUCACUGGCAUCAUAUGGUUUUUAUUUCACUGGUCAUGAAGACAUUACUGAAUGCUUUUCGUGUCAUGGAAAGAUAGAGGGAUGGAAGUCAAAAGAUGAUGUGCUUUUUCGCCACUUUGAAAUGAAUCCUAAUUGCAAGCACAUAAGAGAAAAUUAUUAUGAUCAAAUACAAGGGAUUUGUUCAGAAAAUGAAGUUUUUUCAAUGUACAAAGAUUCAAAGGUCAGAGAAUCUUCAUUUCAAUACUGGCCAAUACCACGAGACAUCAGUGGAUCAGAUCUUAGUAAAGCUGGUUGGUUUUACACUGGUAAAGAUGACAUCACUCGUUGCUUUGCCUGUGGCUGCCAGAAUGAAGACUGGAAGAAAGGAGAUGAUCCACUAGAAAUACACAAAAAAUUGUCAAACAAAUGCUCUUUUGUAUCAUCUUUGCCUGAUUAUUCCAAAGAAGACACCCGUUUACAAUCAUUCAGGUAUUACCCUAGCAAAAGCAUUGUUUCAGUUAGUGAUCUAGUACAGUCUGGCUUCUAUCUUCUUUCUACUAAUCCAGUACCAAGAGUCAAAUGUUGGUCAUGCAAUAUUGAAGCUGAUGUAGAAUGCAUGGAAGGAAAGGGCCCAGCAGCUGUACACAUAAUGAUGAAUCCAGACUGCAAGAUUGCCCAGCUACAAGAUCCUGAAGAUGUCAGCUCUUUUCCAAAGCCAAUAAUGACAAGGACACAGCUACAAAAUAUAUACAGACCUCAGGGUCUUGAAGAUUCUGAAGCCUCUAAUGCAACAAAAAGCAUGCCAUUAGCACAAAUCCAGAAAAGGCCCAGUACUAACUACUCUCUACCUCAUUACACACAAAGUCCCAUCUCAUCAUUGAAUCAGGAGCUAGCAGAUAGCACUUUAGAAGAUAAUGUUUGUGUUGUGUGUCUAGACAACAGAAAACAAUAUGCCAUAGUUCCAUGUGGGCACUUGUGUGUUUGUUACGACUGCUCAGAACAAUUACUGCUCUGUCCUAUAUGCAGGGUCAGGAAAGAAGAUGCGUUGAGAAUUUUUUCAUAAACAUAAUUCAUAUUUUUUAGUUUAAAAUGUAUUUUCCCCCUAA